AUGUCUGCACAACCUGUGAUCCUCAUUCUUGGCUCCGGGCCCAGAGUCGGUGCUGCGGUAGCUAAACAGUUUGCCAGCACCGGCUACUCUGUAGCUGUCGCUUCCAGGAGUGCCUCAGGCGGCAAAACUGCAGAGGGCUAUCUAUCUAUCAAGGCAGACCUCUCCAACCCUUCCUCAAUCUCGGCAGUCUUUGAUGCAGUCAAAGCCGAGUUUCAGAGCCCGCCUAGCGUCGUGGUGUACAACGCUGCGGCCCUGACGCCACCCACAGACGACACCCUCUUCUCCAUCCCAGCAGAGAGUAUUGCCGCUGAUCUCAACGUCAACACUGUGUCUGCCUAUGCAGCCGCUCAAGAGGCUGUGAAGGGAUGGGUGGAUCUUCCAGAGGAUACGAAGAAGCUAUUUAUCUUUACGGGCAACAUGCAGAACGUGGUCGUCGUUCCGAUGCCUCUGAUGCUGAAUUUGGGGAUUGGUAAAUCCGCCUCUGCAUAUUGGGUUGCCACGGCAGAUACGCUGUAUUCUGGGCAUGGUUACCGCUUCAUCUAUGCUGAUGAGCGCAAUGCCGAUGGUAGCAUGAAGGGUAUGAGCCUUGACGGCGAGGCACACGCGCGAUUCUUCGCCGAUCUCGCUAACGGAGACGAAGAAGUGCCGUGGCAUGCAACUUUUGUUAAAGGAAAAGGCUAUGUUAAGUUCUAA